AUGAAGCUCGAUUUGCCUCAAAUAUUCGUCACUCGGCAUCAGACCAACGGAACUGAGCUAUACGAGGAGGGGGACUUGGCUGCAGGCAUGCGACAGAAACACUUGGUUAAAUUGGAUAGAGGGCUGCAAAAAAUUUUAGCCAAAGAAAAAUUAAUAACAAAGGUGAAAAAUGACAGAACCAGAGAUGACAUAAUGCAUUCUGUUUCUCGUCAAAAUGGCCAGUCGUUCCAUUCGCAAACUUUGAACGACGUCUCUAAUAUUUUAGAAGAUUCCCCUUCAGUUUUAUAUCAACUCGAGUCUAGGCCAUCGCUGUCCAGUUUUGAUGGGCUGACAACAACCUCACUUAUCAAUUCGAAGGAGUCGGCUACAGUGAUGAGGCCGGAUAGUAUGCUGAAUGCCGCUUCGGGCUCGUCAACUUUGCCAAUUCCAUCCAAUAUUGAUGCUCACUAUGGUCCCUCGGUGCUGCUAACCAGGCCCCAAAAGUUUCCGAGAAACUUUUCGAAUAUAGCGUCACCGCUUUCUGAGAUUAGCCAUCCAGCCAGCUCGAGCUAUUUGUAUUGUGAUUAUCCGACUUCCCGUUCUCGACUCAUCUACCUGAGUGAAUUCUUUAGACAGCCCCCAAUCAGAAUGUCUUGCAGCUCUUGCGAUAUGACUCAGCCCUUGGAUCUAAAUAAGCCUCGAUGCGGGCCAGUCACUUGGCGGCUGCUGCGCAUGACCAACGCCAGACUACCUUUGGACUAUCAAGUCAGAAACUUCAGUGUAAGUCAACCCACUUUAAAACGAAGAUGCGAAGAAUAA